GUGCACAGUCUAGAUUUUACUUUCUUCCAAUCGCAAUAUUUUUCGUGUAAAGACGAAAGUGCUUGAUCACUUCCCAAAGCGAUCAUACGAGAGCUUUUCGCUAUUCCUGCACAUACCAUCUGGAUAUUAAUUUUAGUGGAUUUUUCUUUGUUCUGAAUCUCAAUCCGAGGCGCACAAUGAAAGUCUUGAUCGUUUUUGCUCUAUGUCUGGUGGCACUCUCAGCCGGUGAACGACGAUUUGUUCGCCAAGCCCCUUUCGGACAGCCUCAACCUCAAGCAUUCCAGCAGCAGCAGCAGCAGCGAGCAUCCCGCCAAAAUCAGCCACAGCAGCCAUUGCCUGAGGAGAGGGCAGCCCGUGAAUACAGCCAGCAACCUCAGCAAAAUCAACUUCUUCGUCAAGAAACCACCACGUGGAUCCCCAUCCUCAAGUACAACAAAGAACAGGGCAAUGAUGGCAGUUAUAAAACCCAAUACGAGACUGGCAAUAACAUCGUAGCCGAAGAGACAGGAUACCUCAAAGAUUUCAAUGAGAAUACGCCAAAUGGUGUUCUUGUUCAGCACGGAAGCUACAGCUACACAGCUCCCGAUGGCCAGGUUGUGAAUGUGGAAUACACAGCUGAUGAAGGUGGAUUCAGAGCCACUGGUGAACAUAUUCCCACACCACCCCCAAUCCCUGAGGAGAUCCAAAAGGGUCUGGAGCAGAUCUACGAAGGCAUUCGCCUGAAUCAGGAACGAGAAGCUAAAGAGGCCAAGGAGAAUCCAGCUGAAUAUGCCAAGAAACAAGAGGAGCGAGCCCGACUUAACUACAAUGGGCAAUACUAUCCCAACUAGAGAAAUUCCCAACAUUACCUUCCACUUACCAUCUUUUCCCGCCACUUUCUUCCGUUGCGAUACUCUGUUCGCUAAUCCCCCAGCAAUAGAUUAAUGCAAAUCGUUUCUAUUAAAGACUGUGAUUUUACACAAUGAAUUUGAAUGCCAUUCUGGAUAACUCGGUGAGAAAUAAAAUGUACCUUUGAAAAGUGAAAAAA